AAUACCAAAGAAAAUUAAUGGAGAAAUUGAAACUUCAUCCAUUCUUAAUUUCUUCUCUUCUGAGAAUUGCCAUGUUAUUUCAUCUCCACAUACUCUUUUUCCAUGAUACAAGAAGUUGACAUCCAGGCCUUUAUAAAUAUAGAGUUCAAUGCUCGAACUCAAAAGCAUAUGUCACAUAUUAGCAAAACCUUAAUUAUAAGCCAAAAGUUUUAUUAUUUUCUGCUGUUUCUUUUUUUUUUUUUGGGAAAAGAUGAAACAUAAAGAUGUUAUCGAACGAGUAUUCGUUUACUUAGACGCAGACGGAGAUGGCAUGAUAUCGUUCGUGGAGUUGCGAAGAUAUAUCGCGGCAGUAAGGGGCGAAAUGGUUGAGGUGGACGAGAUAGUGAAGUUGUUGGAUAUAGACGGAGAUGGAUGUUUAGAAUUGGAUGAUUUUGUAAAGUUAAUGGAUGGAUCAGAGGAAGAAGAGAAGAUGAUAACAGAGUUGAAAGAAGCUUUUGAGAUGUAUCUAAUGGAUGGGUAUGAAUGUAUUACACCUAAGAGUCUGAGAAAAAUGCUGAAUCAACUUGGUGAAUCGAAGAGUAUUGAAGAAUGUAGGGUUAUGAUUAGUCAGUUUGAUCUGAAUGGCGAUGGUGAACUUAACUUUGAUGAAUUUAAGGUUAUGAUGUUGUGAUAUGCUUCGUACAUGUAAACUUUGUUUCCGAAAUAUGCCAGAGGUUUUGUUGCUAUGCUUUUCUUAGUAGCGAAUCGGCUACGAAGGGAAAAUGUUUAGACCAGUGUUUUGUAAUGUUGUAGUAUUGUCGACUUUUUAGCUUGUCAGUGUACUUUUCCCCCGUCUUAAUAUACAACCUUUUUUCCUGAAAGAAAA